GAUGGCACUUCGUUUUUCUGACGUGUGAAGAUGUUUGUGGCUUCUUUUUGCUCUUAGUUCACUAGACAUUGAAUGUUUUCACAGGAUAACUUACCUCUGAGAGUGAUCCAAAUAACCAGAAAGAGACCAGAAUGGAGAACAGAAGAGGAAGUGAAAUUUGUGCAGAGCUGCUUGCAGGAGAUAGAAAGCUAUGGAAGUUACAGUUUGAGACUGCAAUUUCUUCUGGCUAAAGUGGUUCGCUUUGAAUGGUUUGAACGUGGGCGAGUUAUCCUGAAGAAAGGACAGUGYGGCAUUAGCUUCUACUUCAUUUACUUCGGCAGCGUUGCUCUUACAGAUGAUGAGGAUGGUAGCAGCACCUUGACCGCAYUGUAUCCUGUGGUGCUUCAGAAGGGGGCAAAGUUUGGGGAAGUUUCUGUAUUGAAAGGAACAAGGCGAGUGGCUACAGUUAUCUGUCUGGAAGAUACAAAGCUAUUUGUGGUAGAUAAGGACGACUUCUUUGCUAAUAAGUUAGAUGAAGAACUUCAGGAAGAAUUAUGCUAUCGAUAUAACUUCAUCAAGGGUGUGAAAUUUUUUGAAAAAUGGUCUAAAAGAUCAAUAGUGAGAAUAACCAAUAGCUCUAAAAUGGAAAAAUUUUACUAUGGACAGGUGAUAACAAAAGAUAUCACCAAGUCAGACAGUGUAAUUCUCAUUAGUAAGGGGACCUGUGAAAUUUUGCAUCUGGUUGAUCUUACUGCUUGUCCAUCCUAUCACAAAUGGGUCUGUCGACAGCUCACACAUCUUCCCAAGGUCCCGUGUCUCACCAGAAAAACUGGAGCUGUAAGCAGGAAGAAAUUUGAAGAUUUUCCACAGAAAACCUUUCCAGAGCAACAUUUAAGAAAUCUCAAAGCUCAGGACCUUAAAUGUGAUAUGAGCCAGAAUGGUAAAAACGUGAGUAGGCAUCCCCUUGAUGCAGGAGCUGAAAAGAUAAAUCAAAACCUGGAGAAGCAACAGGCAGGAGGCCAUUCCAGCUAUGAUGAGUGUGGUGGCACAAAAAUUCAGCAGCGGGAAGCGCCUGGGCUCUUCCACAAGACAAGGACUAUUUUGACACCAAGUGGAAAAUUACCUACUGAUCUUGCCUUAACAGUUUGCAUGAGAGUUGCUGAAAUUCAUGAAGGAGAAAUUGUGGGCAUCAGCCAGCACUUCUUCCCUGACCAUAUGCAAGACAGGCGCAACAUGGUUUUGGUCAGUAAGGAUGCUGAGGUCAUAUGGCUGAAGAAGGACACCUUUGAGAAGCUGCUAGAUUUGGGAAAAGUUCUUGAAUUACACAAGCGCUAUCCUAGUGAUGAUGAACUAUGUCAGAAGUUUCUAGAAGAGAACCAAUGGAAAAUGAUAAAGAAAGACCUAACAAGCUCUAUAAUACAAAGAAAAUGUGCACCCAAAAUAACUCCUGUUUUUGAAAAGCCUGGAGAACAUGUUCAUAAUUCCUGGACCAUCAAUCAAGCUGGCAUUCUGGACCUGAGCAUGCUCCAUCAUAAACAUCAGCAGUAUCCUCACAGAUUUGUUCCUGUUUACAUGGAGCCAACGAGACAACAGCCAGUAAUGCCAGAAGCAAAAUUGCGACUGAUCCAUAGCAUCAUUUCACCACACACUUGUCUAAAAGGGCUGUUCUAGAACGCACGAGAAAGCAGUUGAAAAACAUGGAAAAAAAGAAACACCAUUUUUAAA